GUCGCGUUCUUUUGGAAAAACGCAGCCAGGCUUUCAGAAACUACCCAGGAGCCCGAGCUGUUGUGUCCCCCACUCCCUCCACUUACGGUUGCCAUCAAUAAAGGCUGUUGGUAUCACAGUGGCCUUGUGUCCGCCUCUAUUCCUUGCACCUCCGAAUGGCCGCUGCGCUGCGCCGAACCUUCCAAGUGGUGACCCUGGCAGCGAGCCCGCGCCGCACUUUGGCGGGUUCUCUGGCCGAUCGCUGCCUAGCCGAUCGCAGUCUCUGGGAUCAGCUCCAUACCCGCCCAUGCCAGGGUAGCGCCAACACCUUCGACUGGUUUUUCGGCUUUGAGGAGAUCCAGGGGCUCCUUAUGCCACUCCUGCAGGAAGCAAAGGUUUCCAGUCCCACUAGGGUGCUGGAUGUGGGCUGUGGCACCUCGAGCCUGUGCACAGGUCUCUAUACCAAGUGCCCACACCCGGUGGACGUGCUGGGGGUGGACUUUUCUCCUGUGGCUGUGGCCCACAUGAACAGCCUCAUGGAGGGUAACCAAGAACAAAGGCCCCUAUGCCCUGGGCACCCAGCCUCCCGCCUGCACUUCAUGCAGGCUGAUGCCCAGAACCUGGAAUCAGUGGCUUCCACAGGCUCCUUCCACCUUAUUCUGGACAAGGGUACCUGGGAUGCUGUUGCCCGGGGUGGUCUGCCUGAAGCUUACCAGCUGCUGUCAGAAUGCCUGAGGGUCCUGAGUCCCCAGGGGACCCUGAUCCAGUUCUCAGAUGAGGAUCCUGAUGUGCGAAUGCCCUGCCUGGAGCAGGCCUCCCAGCACUGGACUGUCUCUAUGCAGGAGCUGGGACCUUUCAGGGGUAUCACCUACUUUGCCUACUUGAUUCAAGGAUCUCAUUAAAGACUAGAUCAGAUCCUAGUGUUACUAUUGGUUGGGAGCGGAAUGGGAAGAAGUUUUUGCAGGGUGGUUAAAGCAUAAGGAUAUAAUUUCUGGUGUGCAUUUUACUAAGCUCGUUGCAUGCAGCAUUAGAUAAAUUUACAUCCAGUUUACUCUGCAAGGUAGGAAUUUUCUGCAGUUAAAGUGAUUAUAUGCCAUAAUCAGUGAACUAUUUAGCAGCAGCAGCACAAGAUGUGACCUGAAUGCACAAAGUAUAUAAAUGGGUACUAACUGCAACUCCUGAAAGGAGCAGCAGGUAAGGAUUCUUGAAUCCCAGCACUGACAAGUGUGACCCAGUGGCCUAACUUCAGCCACAUUUUACCACUUAUAAAAGGGACAGAUUGUGAAAAGCUGGGUAAAGGACUUCUACCUGGGUUAAAGAAGCUUAAGGGCAACCUAGGGCUGGGUGGGUUCCAAGUACAGCCUGGGAGGCAGAGAAUUAAAGGAUUUGUUAUCAACGAAAACUUACUGAUGUGUAGAGAUUUGGGUAGUAAAAUGAAUUUGUGUGACAUUUUUACUUGUGAGGUAAA